UUUACAAAAGGUCACCAGAGGACAAGUUGAGGUUUUAAAACUGAUUAACCUGAACACAUACCUAUUUCGCUAGGAUUAUCAGUUCAAUCACUUGUAGAUGUUAUAAUGGGGACCARUAUAAGAGCUACAUGUAUAUGGUACGUUAUUGCAGUUCUCGUUUUAUCCACUCGUGUUARUUCAAGGACAUUGUGCCCAAGAAUCUUCUUCAAGAACAUCGAUGAGGGYAAGAUGCCCUACAAGUUCAUCGAAGGUGCGUUUAAAAAGCUAAGCUACAAAAUUAACAACUUCCCUGUAUACAGAAGAGAGGACGGCAAGCUAUAUUUUUACCUCAAAGAGAAGUAUCCUACCGGUUAUUGGCURUUAUUUGGUACAAAUGUAGCGUCAACUAAGUUCGGAGUUGGAGCUCGCAUGAAGAACGGGUUGAAGACUUUUGCCCAGUCGUGGCUUGUGACGGGAAUUUUGGACAGAAACGAUGUAUUUGGUGGCUUGAUAWCACAAUGGACUUACUACAACCAAAGAGAUUCUAAAGAUUACAACGUCUCUAACACACCAUAUAUUAAAGCAGUUUGCGUUGAUAGUGAUUUUAGACAAUGUAACUCGGAUAAAGUCUACUUGAACAGUAAAUUCACGGAUGGUUUCACAAAUGAUCCUAAAGUUGACUUUUUCGAGCGAGAAACKGGUACCUUUCACAAUCUAAGGCCUGUGUUUAAGCAUAGCACGAAAAAACKUGAUAAAGACAUUUAUCUUCAAUAUAAUUCGGAUAACUACUGGAUUGUCACAACGUCGCGUGACCCCUCAGAUCACAAUGAUGGAGAAGUUUUGAUGCGAGUGAAGGAUUAUGCACUGAGACCUGAGUAUAUCAUGAACAUUUGGUCAAUAAAAGACUCUAAAGGCUGGUCUACCAAACCAGACCUUAAGGUUAGGUGCCGAGGUGUAGGUUCAUCGCAAGAUAUAUGCUCCGUUUCGAACCCAUGCGCGACUUAUAAUGCUUUUGAAUGUGUAUAUGAUUCAGCAAAGGAAAGUAUUUGUAUUUGCAGACCMGACUUCUACGGUCCACAAUGCAAAAAGAGCAAGAAGUGUCCAACACCACAAGCUGACAGUAGCGAAAUUGGCUUUAAAUUAGCUGGAAACCUCCCAGGGAAUUUAGCAAUGACAUUUUGCCGUAGUUCCUAUCCUCCGGCAGUGAGAUAUGUGGUAUGUAGUGAAGCAGGGCAUUGGUCCAGACGAGGUACUGAGUGCAGGAGAUCCUCAACGAAAACGACACCAAAACCCUCACUAGAUUUCGAUGAUAUGCCGGAUCUAAGUAUCGGUAUMCUGGUGAGUGCAGUWCUGUUGCAAUCUUUGCUACCRUUWGUGUUGUGGUGUUGUGCUAUGUGCACGACAAUUUGCACAGAAGAUGACGACGAAUGGGAGGACCAGGAAACGGAGUCGACUCAGACGACGAAGCGUAAAAAUGGGUGGUACCGUAACUCUAGUCUCCUUAGACUUUAUUCUAUGGAUUUUUACAUAUCGUUUUACCUWUGGCUAAUCUAYUUUACUGUWUGUGGGKCAACACAAUGUACUCAGUACGGAUCCAUCUGUAGUCAGCUUAAUAUCAUGGCAAUAGUAAUGCUGAUAAUUUGUCCAUUGUUUGUACUCGUKGAAAGCUUUUUCUCGCACGAAUUGUCUUACUUGAAUAACAUCAUGCAGGACGAUACCGCUUGGGGGUACAUCCAAAAUAUGCAUGCUGUAGCCCCUGUGAUAUCAAUGACUGUCGAGUGUUACCACAUGGAGACACGUACACGUCRAGUGCACUACACUGACGCCAACGGCAACUCCCAAACACGAACGGAAACGUAUGAAGAACGCGUAGUUACSCAUGUGGACAACGAUGUGUUUAAGUAUGGUUGUUGGGUUGACGUGUCUAAGAGAGAAAUGCCUGCCCUCAGCAGCGWAGCCCUUACACGACUCAAGAUUGAUCCUSUCAUAMUAUUUGGUGACCAGGAAACUGAAGAAGACUUUGACCGACAGAAGGAAKAUAUGUUAUGUAGAAAUCGUCACAGAGACUUGAACAUGGAUUUCUCAUCCAGUCAAUUUAUUCCCGGUCUAGCGAAACGAAUCUCUGCUUAUGUCGACUUGUCAAUGAAGACGUGSUGGAUURGUACGGGGUGCUUCUGGYUUGCYACMCUGUUAAUGCUGACCUGGCCGUAUCGMUGGCUCUUCAGAGCAAAGACAGCCAAAAACCACUACGAUUUGAAAAAGAAAAUGUACAAGUCUACGAGUCCACCACCUGAUGUUGGUAUCAUGAAUCCUGUUUCMACUCUAGAAGUCGAUCCGUCCAACGUCAAUCCUUCMUUUGUMAUGACCAACUUAUCCACUAGUGCAMGACAGACUGACCCGCCGCACUACACCGGAACAGCUUACCCUCCUAACAUUGRAUCACAAACAUACCCUACAGCCAAUCAUGAGCCAUCAUAUCCUCCUGUCAAUCAAGGAGCACCAUAUCCAGUAAAUCAAGCAAUGGCAUUCUCACCUGCCAAUCAGGGUUCAUCUCACCCUCCAACCAAUCAAGAAGCGCCAUAUCCACCAGACAAUCAACAAAUGCCUGACAUUCCUCCACCAGAAUACGAAUCAACGUUAACAUCUAUAAUUUCAACGAUGUUAGAUCUAAUAGAUCCAAGCAUGGGUAUCUUGCUGGGUGCAGUACUAUUUCAAUCUUUGCUACCGGUUUUGUUCUGGUGUUGUGCGACUAUGUGCAYGUCAAUUUGCACCGAAAAUGACGACGASGAGGAGAACCAGCCGAAGCGGCGUAARAAAGGAUUUUGUGAUAAAGUUCGCGUCCUAAGAGCUUUUUCAAUGGCUUUUUACACGUCCUUUUUUCUUUGGCUGAUCUACUUUAUUGUGUGUAGAGUAACGUCACUAUGCGCCCAGCACGAAUCCACCCUUGAGUUUCUUAAUUAYAUGGCAAUGGGGAUGCUAGUAAUUUGUCCAUUGUUCGUACUCGUGGAAAGCUUUUUCUCGCUCGAAUUGACUUACUUGAAUAAUAUUAUGCAGGGAGAUACCGCUUGGGGGUACAUCCAAAAAAUGCAUACUGUAGCCCCUGUGAUAUCAAUGACUGUCGAGUGUUACCACAUGGAGAUACGUACACGUCGAGUGAACCACACUGACGCCCAUGGAAACACCACUACACGCAAUGAAACGUAUCAAGAGCGCGUAGUUACGUAUGUGGACAACGAUAUUUUUAAGUAUGGCUGUUGGGUUGAUGUGUCUAAGAAAGAAAUACCAGCUGCACUCAGAAAUGUGGCGCUGACACGGCUCAAGAUUGAKUCUGUCAUACUUUUUGGUGACCAGGAAACCGGAGCAGACUUUAACCGACAGAAGGAAGAUAUGUUUUGUAGAAAUCGUCACAGAGACAUGAACAUGGAUUUCUCAUGUAGACAAUUUAUUCCCGGUGUAGCGGAACGAAUUUCGGCAUAUGUUGACAUGUCAGUUAAGCCGUGGUGGAUUGGUACGGGGUGCUUCUGGUUUGCCACUGUGUUAAUGCUGACCUGGCCGUAUCGCUGGCUCUUCAAAGCAAAGACAGCCAAAAACCACUACGAUUUGAAAAAGAAAAUGUACAAGUCUACGAGCCCAACACCGGACAAUGGUAUCAUAAAUCCUGUUUCCACUCUAGAAGUCGAUCCGUCCAAUGUCAAUCCUUCAUUUGUMAUGACCAACUUAUCCACUAGUGCAAGGCAGACUGACCCGCCGCACUACACCAGAACAGCUAACCCUCCYAACAUUGAAUCACAAACAUACCCUACAGCCAAUCAUGGGCCAUCAUAUCCUCCUGUCAAUCAAGGAGCACAAUAUCCACCAACUAAUCUGACACCGCACUAUUUUCCAGCAAAUCAAGCAGUAACAUUUCAGCCGGCCAAUCAGGGGGCUCCGUACCCGUCAACCAAUCAAGGAGCGCCAUAUCCACCGACCAGUCAGGGUCCACUAUAUUCACCAGCCAAUCAACAAAUGCCUAGCAUUCCGCCACAACAUUACGUAUCAACGCCUUUGUGAAAAUUCUGGUCACGUGUAAGCCAACUUUAUUUGCGGUUAAUUGCGAUAKCCAGCAAUGAGGCAUUUUUAUCGAGUUGCAUGAAUAUACAAGGCAAACAAUUAUUGCUAUAUUGAAAAUUAAUGUUUAUAUACAGUCUUUUGCAAAAAUUAUGAGAA